UGCUGGUAUAAAGCGUGUUGUGGAUCUCCUGUAGUCAUGGAAGCUUUGAAAAUGUUCAGGCUUUUCCGGAAGGCUAUGCUUCGGCUGCCCCGAAGACGUGUUUCUUCCAACAGCACAACUGCAAUGAAAGCCGUAAACCGAAAAGAAGAAUUCUCCUCGAGGCUGGCUGCAGGACCCAACCUAAAAGAGUUUUUAGCUAAGAACACCCCUCCUGCUGAAACUUCUCCCCAUGUUGAGGAGGAUCCCCCUCCAUAUAUCACAUCUAGUGCUUCACUGUCUGUGAACAACAAAGUGUAUUUGGAGACCUAUGGCUGUCAGAUGAAUGUUAAUGACACAGAAAUUGCCUGGUCAGUCUUACAGAAAAGCGGCUAUGUUAGAACUUACUCAGCAGGAGAGGCUGAUGUGAUCCUGCUUGUCACUUGCUCUGUGAGGGAAAAAGCUGAACAGACUGUCUGGAACCGGCUCCAGCAGCUCUGUGCUCUAAAGAGAAAACGCUGCAGGUCGAAAGGUCCAAUGAAGAUAGGAAUUUUAGGAUGCAUGGCGGAGCGGUUAAAAGAGGAGAUCCUACAGAAGGAGAAGCUGGUAGACAUUUUGGCUGGCCCUGAUGCUUACAGGGAUCUCCCUCGUCUUCUCGCGGUGGCAGAAACUGGGCAGCAGGCAGCUAAUGUACUUCUUUCUUUUGACGAGACGUACGCCGACAUUAUGCCUAUACAAACCUCUGCAAAUAACAUCUCUGCUUUUGUUUCCAUCAUGCGUGGUUGUGACAACAUGUGUUCUUACUGUAUUGUACCUUUUACCCGCGGACGGGAGAGGAGCCGGCCAGUUCAUUCCAUCCUGCAGGAGGUCCAAAUGCUGUCUGAUCAGGGCAUUAAAGAAGUGACUUUACUGGGACAGAAUGUUAACAGCUACCUGGACAGCUCUUCGGUCCCAUUCAGCGCUCCAGCAGCCUCUAAACUAAGCCGCGGCUUCAGCACAAUCUACCGACCGAAAAAAGGAGGACUGCGCUUUGUUGAUCUCCUGGAUCAAGUCUCAAGAAUCAAUCCAGAGAUGAGGAUACGUUUUACUUCUCCACAUCCAAAAGAUUUCCCUGAUGAGGUGUUACAGUUAAUUUGUGAUCGAAAGAAUAUUUGCAAACAAAUUCACAUCCCAGCACAGAGUGGAAGUAAUAGUGUUUUACAGACAAUGCGUAGAGGAUACACCAGGGAAGCUUACCUGGAUCUGAUACAGAACAUUCGGCAAUGUAUACCUGGCGUUAGUCUCAGCAGUGAUUUUAUUGCGGGUUUUUGCCAGGAAUCAGAGAAAGAUCACCAGCAGACCUUGUCCCUGUUACGCGAAGUCUCAUACAACACGGCUUUUCUGUUUGCGUACAGUAUGAGAAAGAAAACAAAUGCAUAUCAUAGACUGGUGGAUGACGUUCCUCCAGAAGUGAAGAAAAGAAGACUUGAAGAGCUCAUUUCGGUCUUUAGGGAGGAAGCCACCAGGGUGAACCAGAGAGCUGUAGGCAGCACGCAGCUUGUGCUCGUUGAAGGACCCAGUAAACGGUCGCCGACAGAGCUCUGCGGGAGGAAUGAUGGAAACAUAAAAGUGAUUUUCACCGACACACAAGCAGCCGGAGCCUCUUCCGAACAGAAUGGAAUCCGAGUCCAGCCCGGGGAUUACGUCUUGGUCAAGAUCACCUCUUCGAGCUCGCAGACCAUGCGGGGACAGUUGGUUGGGGUCACCACUCUUCAGGAGUCUCCCGCUUGUUGUGAAGUCUAAGAAAACUGAGAUCUGCUCAUUAAAUUGGGAGCAGGCGAGGUAAAACAUUUCAGCUCCUGUAUGCUCUUGUUACUAGCCACGGAGUCUCCUUCUGAAUCUCCCAUCUCCGGUCCCAAAAGCAUGUCUCUGUCAAAAGCCAAAUUGAAGGGUUCACCUUUGACUGAAGAUUCCAGUUAACCUACAAGAAAUCUCCCCGAAAUAACUAUGUAUUAUACAGAAACACCUCACCUUUUUCUGCUGUGGAAUGUCAUGUAGCAUAGUUAGGUUGGUGCGUUUUAUUAAAAAUGAGCUCACUGCAAAUGUAUGAUUUCAGAAGACAUAUCAUGUGUUACCCAUUGUGGACUCCUCUAUAGAGUGCGACCCGGAAGCUAUGCCCGUGUAUGUUAUAUUACCAAUACGUUCAGCUCUAGUUUACAGCCCAGAAGCUCUACCAAUGGGAACGUCUUUAUUACAGAUGUGCCAAUAUGGAAUGCUUAGCCAGUGGAAUGUUAUAUGACAAAUGGGCCUAAACAGACUGAUCUGUGAUAGAUUGUAUGACCCGGAAGCACAAACAGUGGACUGUUGGGCUGUCAUGUGCUCGGUGUAUAAGGCUACUCUCAGGUUCAAUAAAAUUAUUUAUUUUUAUUUGUCUGUAUCGUGCAACCACAACAAUGUAAAUGUAAAUCAAAGAUGUAAGAAAACAUAGUGAAAAGUCUGAUUGAAUAAAUGAUUUGAGAAAAAAGUGUCUUCUGCUUCUGUGAGAUCAAGAUUUUAAAUAAGUAUCAGCAGAUCAAUUCCAGUGACAAAAAACUAAUGCUACUGGCAAUUUCAUAGGAUGUGGGGAUACUUGGGAUGAGUGACAGAAUCCUCAACAAACUUCAGGUUUUGAUACCACAUGUAUAAUUGUUUUUUAUCAUUGACGGUUCUGAUGGGCUCCCCCUAAAUCUUUUGGCUUAGGGAAACUAGAAAUUUAGAACCCAUCUGGCUACUUUCUAAAUUAACGUUACAAAGUCACACCGUGAAAGUGAC